AACUUCGCAUGCGAAACCAAGAGAGACAAACAAACAAACAAAAAAAUCAAAUUUAGAGAGAGCCAAAAGAAAAACUACUAUCAAACUUCUUAUUUCGACCCCGAAGUUUUUAUUUUGAUAUAUUUCAACCCCGUCUCCUUCUUUUUCUCGUUCUUUCAUAGAUUUUAACUUGUUGCUCGGUCAAGCUAAGAAGGUGUGUUUGGAUCCUUCUCCAUUACGUUUUUAAGAUACAUAUGGCAGCCAUAGAUAUGUUCAACAGCAGCACAGAUCUCUCAGACCCUUUCAAAGAAGAGCUCAUGAAAGUACUUAAACCUUCUCUUCCUCCUGUUCCAAACACAAUCUUCUGUUUCAACCAAACCACACCACUCGGUCUGAACCAACUCACACCUUACCAAAUCCACCAGAUCCAAAACCAGCUUAACCAGAGACGCAGCACCACCAUCUCGAAUCUCUCUCCAAAGCCAGUAACAAUGAAGAGCAUGACCGCUCAGAAACUCUACAGAGGAGUCAGGCAAAGACACUGGGGAAAAUGGGUCGCUGAGAUCCGUUUACCCAAGAACCGGACCCGGCUCUGGCUUGGAACUUUCGACACAGCUGAAGAAGCAGCCAUGGCUUAUGACCAAGCUGCUUACAAGCUCCGUGGCGAGCUCGCGAGGCUUAAUUUCCCACGCACGAGGCGCGAGUGUGGAUACGGAGGUGGUGAUGGCAGAUUCAAGCCUCUUCAUCCCUCUGUCGAAGCAAAGCUCGAAGCGAUUUGUCAGAGCUCGGUAAAAACAGAGGAUCUUGAUCUCCCCUGUUCUGAAACAGAGCUUUUCCCGCCAAAAGCAGAGUAUCAAGAAAGUGAAUUUGGGUCUUUGAGAGCUGAUGAGAACUCGUUUUCAGAUGAGUCUCAGGUGGGAUCUUCUUCGCCGGAUUCUGGUGUUACCACUGCGUUCUUGGGUUUUUCGGAUUCAGGGGUUGAUGAGAUUGGGAGUUUCGUGCUGGAGAAGUUUCCUUCUGUGGAGAUUGAUUGGGAUGCGAUUAGCAAACUGUCUGAAUCUUGAAUGAUGUUUCAUAUUAGUUAGUUAAUCUCUGCGACUGAAGUUUUAUACAGUCGUAGAGAAUUGUCUAAAGGUUGUCUAUGUUGAAAUCAUCCCUCCAUGUGUUUGGUCUGGCUGGUUCAUGUGUUUUUUUUUAAGAAACCUUGUCAUAGACCCAAUCAUCAGAGGAGUUUAUGUGUAUUAUCAUCUUUAAGUUUCUAAUGAAUGUAAAGUAUUGAGUCUUUUUUAUUUUAUGAUCAAUUUUUGUUUUGUUA